AUGGGUACAGAGAGAGAGAGCAUGCUGCAGCUUGCAGCGGAGGCUUUCCAGUCGAAAAACUUCGACCUGGCGGCGGAUAUCUACGAGUGCCAGCUAGCGGGUCUCGGAGAUCCAGGGAGCCGACAGGAGCUGAUGGUGAAGCGGGCUGACGCUCUCGCAUUCGGGGGCAAAUUCACCGAAGCUUUCGAUGUGUACCGGCAAGCCUCGGAGAUAGAGCGACUGAGACCUGCUCACCUGGCCUACCUCAUAGAGUACCUGUCCAGUAGUAUUAGGAGGCAGGACGGGGGUGACAGUCAGAGCAGCGCCCCGAGAAGAGGAGAGGAGGCAGGGGCGGCGGUGGCAGCUGCGUGCCCCGCUGUUGAUGCUACAGGUUGCGGGUAUGCAGACUUCUCCUGUCGGAUAUGUCUAAGCUUUCUGUUUGAGCCCGUUACUCUGCCGUGCGGACACUGCUUCUGUAAGAAGUGUCUGGAGAGGGAGAGGAAGGAGAAGGAGCGGCCGGUCAUGUGUAAGGAGUGCAGCUCCAGGGUAGCCGACGUCCAGAGCUACAGGGUCAAUGUGGUCCUCGGCAGCCUGCUGGCCAAGUGGUUCCCGACGCUGCACCAGGCCGGCCGGCUGAGGCGGGAGGGCAACGGACUGUACAUCGAGAAGAAGAUGGAAGCUGCAUUGGACAAAUACAACCAAGCCAUAUUGAUAGCACCCAUGGACCACAUACUGUUCAGUAAUCGCUCUCAGAUCCACUCCAGUCUGAAACACUAUGAGAAGGCUCUGAGAGACGCUGAGAUGGCCUGCAGACUCAAGCCUCACUGGUCCAAGGGUCAUGUUCGUAAGGCCCAGGCCCUGGUGUCGCUGGGCAGGACGGAGGAAGCUCUGAGAGAGUACCUGGUCUGUCUGUCCAUAGAGCCUGACUGUAGACUGGCUAAGACCGAGGCUCACAAGCUCCUCAGUCACCUCCUCGCUCCAGUCACAGAUCAGGUCCCUGAACACAUCUCAGACUACUCCAACAUACUGUCUUCCAGAGCACACAUCAAAAACUGCAUCGGUGCUCCCUUCCAGACUCUUAGUCCCAGCUUGCUGUCAUCGGAGUCCAGUCCUACCUCCACCCCUCCCGCACCUGAGAGGCCAGAGGGGAGUGAGGUCAAAGGUCAGGGAAAGUCUGAGGUCAGGAGGCCCGACCACUGUUUCCUCCUCAAACGGAAACGAAGGAGCACAGAGGAGGAGGCGGAGGAGGGAGGACGGGAGAGGAGCGACGAUCACAAGAGAUCCAGAUGUGAACCAGCAGCUGCGAUCGAUUCAUUGAGCUCUGCGGUCUGUGACGUGUUGGACCCGACAGAUCUGGAGUGCUCUCUUUGUAUGAGGCUGUUCUAUGAGCCGGUGACGACGCCGUGCGGUCACACCUUCUGUCUUCAGUGUCUGGAGAGAUGUCUGGACCACAACCCGAAGUGUCCACUCUGUAAAGAAGAGCUGUCUGAGUACCUGGUCCAGAGGCAGUACAGUAAGACAGUGUUAAUGGAGAACCUGAUAUCUAAGUAUCUUUCCUCUGAGCUCAUGGAAAGACAGAAGAUCCACCAGGAGGAGAUGGCUGAGCUCUCCAAUCUUAACAAGAAUGUGCCUAUAUUCGUGUGCACCAUGGCCUUCCCCACUGUGCCGUGCCCUCUCCAUAUCUUCGAGCCCUGCUACAGACUCAUGAUUCGCCGAUGCAUGGAGACGGGAACCAACUGCUUUGGCAUGUGUCUGGGAGACGACCUCAAGGGGUUUGCAGACUACGGCUGCCUGUUGGAGAUCCGCGACGUGAAGUUCUUCUCCGACGGACGUUCAGUGGUGGACACCAUCGGCAAGCGGAGAUUUAAAGUCAUUCAGCACAGAGAGAGGGAUGGUUACAAUACAGCUGAUAUAGAGUACCUGGAGGAUGUGAAGGUGGAGGGUGUAGCCGAGCGUGAGCUGCACUCUCUGCAUGAUGCGGUGUAUGACCAGGCCUUGGUGUGGGUCAACUCCCUGAAGUCUGAACAGAAGGAACGCAUCGAGGGACACUUUGGACCCAUGCCUGAGAAAGACUGUGAACUUCAGGCCUGUCCUAACGGUCCGUCAUGGUGUUGGUGGUUACUCGCCGUUCUUCCAUUAGAGGGCCGAGCCCAGCUGCCGUUCCUGGCCCUCACCUCUCUGAAAGAUCGUCUCAGCGGUAUCCGAAAGGUGCUGCUCUUCAUGACCCAUAGCAGGCACCGGUGACACGCUCUCCGCGAGCGUCCACCCACCUGGAAAAUGCAGUAAACACCUUCCCUGCACACAUCCUGCCCCAAUGCAACAGUUGACCUGUUGUUCUUCCUUUUGAUGCACAAAGAACUGACAUUAAAUGUUGUUGCACCUUCCCCGUUGUAACACCAUCCCUUUCAGAAAGCAGCGCUGGAUUUCAUCCACACCUCAACAACAAGCAAAGAUAAUAUACAUCUGAAUAAUACAUAAAGUUCUCGUCACAACCGCACAGACCUGCAAACUUAAGCUACAGUCAGACCGGAGGGGAAGUGUCUACAUUUGGGUUUAAUCAGAAUCAUCACCUUCCAUUGUAACAUUUGAUGUCAUUGUAACAAACCUAAUGCACACAAGCUACAUAUGUGUUUUUUGUCCGACAACUCCACGUGUACAGCAGCAAGCUGUUGUGCUGAAAUGUCUUCAUCUGUCCAUACUCCACUGUUGCCUUUCUGGCCCUCCUCCAUUUUUGUAGUUCUCUGCUCUUCCUCUUGCAUACAUGUUGAGUGUAGACUGACACACCAAAAAAAAAAGAAAAAGACAAAAAAAAGUUAAUUCUCAAAAACUAAAGUAAUUUCUCCAAAAAUAUGAGCUGCAUGUCUGAACCUAGCUUUAAAGCGAAGAUGAAGCAAAUUUCAGAAGCAUACAAUAUUAAUCUACUGCAAAUGGCGGAGGCCAUUAAUUCAACCAAUCAGUGUCCCCAUUCUGUAUGUCUUUAAAUGUACAUUUAAAUUCACAACCAAACUAUGAAUUUGCCUUUUAGCGUAAAUGCACUCAGCACAGUUGAGUGAGUAAUGAUUAAAACACUGAUUAGAUUUAAUUGAUUGCAGUGAUUGAACCAUUCAUCUGGGAAAAUAGUUCAUUCACUGAUUGAAAUCUCUGUGUAGACAUUUACAGAUAAACCUGUGUGUUUACUAUUUUGCCACAUUUACCAUAAAUUUAACAAUAAUUAGUUUUUUUAUUCUGUCUUCCUCCGUUCCUUUCUUCCUUCCAUUUCUGUCUCUGUCUCAUCCAGCUGAAUAACAAUGGACUGAACCUUUUAUAUUGGUGUGCUUUAAGGCUCUUGUUCUUGUAUUUUAUUCAUCCAUUUUUUUUUUCAAAAAAGAAUUAGUUGGAUUUUUUUUUCCAUU